AGCGCGCUUGCGCCGCCAACUGCCACACAGGACUGCGGCUGCUCUGGCCUCGCCAUGUCCGCUUCUUCUCCUUCCUCCUCCUCCGUAGCCGCGCUGCGGCCAGUUACUCACCUGAUCUUUGACAUGGACGGCCUUCUCCUGGAUACUGAGCGUCUCUAUUCAGUAGUGUUCGAAGAGAUCUGUGGGAGUUUUGGCAAGCCCUAUACCUGGGAUGUGAAAUCCUUGGUCAUGGGGAAAAAAGGCACAGAAGCGGCAGAGAUUAUUCGAGAUGUUCUAGAUCUUCCACUAACCAAAGAGGAGUUGUUACAUGAAAGUAAAAUUAAGCAGGAGAAGAUAUUCCAUACUGCUGAAUUGAUGCCAGGGGUUGAUAAGAUGAUUCGGCAUUUACACAAACACAACAUACCCAUGGCCGUUGCCACCAGCUCAUCUGAAGAGUCAUUUCAGAUGAAAACAGUCAGACACAAAGAAUUCUUUGGUCUUUUUCAUCAUAUUGUGCUGGGAGAUGACCCUGAGGUGAAGUGUGGCAAGCCACAGCCUGAUGCAUUUCUAGUUUGUGCAAAGAGAUUUCACCCUCCUGCACCUCCAGAGAAGUGUCUUGUGUUUGAAGAUUCACCACUUGGAGUCAAAGGAGCCCUGGCAGGAGGAAUGCAAGUGGUUAUGAUUCCAGAUGAAAAAUUAAAUCCAGAUCUUAAAAAAGAGGCAACACUACUGCUGAACUCCAUGGAGGAUUUCAAGCCAGAACUGUUUGGUUUACCAGCAUAUGAUUAGUGCCUAAUCUCUAUGCACAUGCACUUAACUGGACACUGGGAAAGUGAAAUGAAAUUUUGUUAUGAUUUUAUGAUUGUUUUGCAUCUUUUACUUUCUUCCUGAAAACUAGAACACAGAAGUCCUGCUAACAAGUCCUCCACACAGUACCUUUAAAAGUUGCCUGGGAUGUUUAUGAUUUGUCCUCAUAAUAAAUGCUAAA